AUGCACGUGCUCACCGGUCACAACAGACGCCGGGAAGCCGCCGAUCUUGCUCGCGCCCUCGAGCUUUCCACUCAACAAGCCAAAGUCUUCGCAAACACCUCACCGCACUUCUUCAGCUCCAGCGACCACGCCACCGAAGACUCCAGAGAGAUGGAAUUGAGACCUGUUGAGCAUGCGGUCAUACAGACGUCUCCUAGAACCUCUCUGUCGGGCAGACAACCGGCAGAAACUGCAGAACAGAACAUGGCCCCCCCUGCGGUGGUGGCGAAUUUCGCAGAGAGUUUAGACGAGGACAUUUCAAGCUUCGGCGUGAAGCCCACAGCUCCCAGUGACGUACAAACAUUGACACCAACUGUUAACCCCAACACCUCUAUCCUCGUUCCAGAGAGUGUCAGCAACAACACCUCUGGUACUGGUUCAUCUUCCCAUAAAUCAUAUCCCCCCUCUUCUUUCCCUGCGCAUCUGCUCAAUCCUUCGCCCAACCCGGUGAACUCAGUCUCUCUCCAGCCAAAAGCUGAAAUCGUCUGUGACUCACUCGGGUCAUCAUCCAACGGCAUAUCACAUACUUCCAGCAUUCGUGGGGCAGAGAGUUCUUCGAAUGAGCCAGGCGGCGUCUCACCCACCCUGCUGUCGAGCGCCGCGCCCGAUUCUAGUAUACCGCCACCUGCGAAGAAGAUCAAGCAGUAUGGAAAGGCUGCUAAACUUACCCCAUCGUCUCCGCUGAAGAGGGCAGUCGGUCCCACUGUGCCCGGCUCUUCAUUGUCUGGCCGCAAAGAAAAGAGAAGAUUCCACUUCUCCUCGGACGGCGAAGAUGACACUACUGCGGAUAACAGUGGGAAAACUGCCGCAUCGGUCGCAGUUGAACCGUCACCUUCCAAAAGUCCCCGGAAGGGUGACGUACCCAUAUCUCCUGAUCCCCUGGACAGUAUCAGAAAGGGCAAAGUGACAGGGACGCCUGGGGGGCCUGCUUUUGUCAUUGAAAUCCCUCUCUCUGCCCGGCGUCUGAAUGCAAACGUGACAGGCGAACAGGAUAAAAGAGAGAAGGAGCGGUCGGAAAAGGACAAAGUGCCCAAGGUUCCGAGGAGAAACUUGGAGCAAGAGAACCUCGAGGGAGCUGAGGUAUCAGAGGAACCUGCUUUGGUCCUUGUUCCCACCGAACCUCAAAACAAAAAGUCUGAUACUCCGAUAAUUGUCGAAGCAUCUACGUCCACCGCCUCCCUUUCAACACCCCUCUCCAAUUCUCUUUCGUCAAUCACUGACUCGGAGCCGGCAACCAAGCCCAAGCCCAGAAAGCGCAAAUUCGAUCCACUCGACAUUCCGGAUGUUGACGACGGUGAGGAUGAGGACUUUCAGCCCGGCAAGAAGGCCAAAUCAAAAGUCAAAGCCAAGCCGAAAGCCAAGGCGGCACCAAAGGAGAAAAAGGAGAAGAAGCCACCGACUGGCAAGAAGGGAAAGCAGUCGUUGAGCGCCGCGUUGAUUGUUGACGAUGAAGGAGAUGGGCAAACAGGAGGCAGAGCUUCCCUGCGCGAGUCUGAGCAGCCUCCCGAGCCGCCAGCAGCUCCACCGUCGCCCACCAGGGGUUCAGCAGCAGAGACGGAACUUGGUCGCCCUCCUAGUCCUUCCAGACCAUCACCGUCUUUGGGUGCAAAAGAGACUUCGCCCGCAAAGCAAUCCGAGACAGUCAAGCAGUCCAAAACAGCGAAGGCCAGCACCAAAAAGAAAGGGAAAGGCCCUGCUUCUCUCCUUCCAUCUCCUCCGCCCGAAGUCCAACCGGACAAAGAAAACACACCAUCCCCCGCCAAAUUGAAAUCUCCUACUCCUCCAACAACAGAGAGACCUCCAACGGGCAGGGUUCUGCAAAAGACCCCGAGUAAUACGAACAUGCGUGUGUCUACCCCAAUGUCUGGAGCUAGCCGGUCAUCUUCUGUUGGACAGGAGAGUACGCCGGGGCCCGGUGGCAUGAAAUGGAAAACAUCUCGCAACGACCUCUCCUCUGUCCUCGCCAAAUUCGGCGGUCAUAGGCGGACCGGCAUGUCCAAAAAGCUGAACAUUGUCCCCCUCCAUGCCAAGAUAGGUACACCAGCAAAAGCUCUACCACCAGUGCCCAAAAAGCCCCAGAAAAAGGUAGAGUCGGAUGAGGACGAUGACGAUGACGACGGAGAGAAGAAAGUGAAGCCCGGAAGUAAAGAAUGGUUGAUGAUGGAGGAUUAG